CAGGACGGCUCUCCGGGCGCGGCGGGUGGGCCGCGCUGCCGGCGGCUGACGGAGGGAGCUGGGCUACAGACGGUGAGCUGGCUGAGCUACCGACGGUGAGCUGGCUGAGCUAACAACGGUGGGUCAGACACGUUAAUAUCUUACCGACCCUGACUCAGUCAGCAGCAGCGGUUCGGUGAACAUCUAUGCUCUGUAACACACGAAGGUCACGGACUCCAAACUGCAGCAUUCAUCAUCGUGGCACCAAGGAGCUCGCAGAGCUGCAUAUUAAUCGCAACAAGGAAACUUUGAUAUGUAUAGUAGCAUCUCCUAACGGUAAAAGGCCGACAGGAACCAAAGCAGACUGGUUCUGAAGCGAGAGCAUCAAGGAAACGUAAUAAAGCCAGUCAUCCAGAACAGAGAGAGGUAGAGAGAUAGACGGAAAAAGAGAGAAUCGACAGGAGUUCUAAGCCAUGGCAUGACCUUCUAGACAACUCUGUUCCGCUCAGCAUCUGUCCGUCACAGCGCCGAGCGGUGCUUUUAGAGCACGCCGGGGACGCCAAGGCUCGAGCUGCGAGGGGCAGCCGAGUGACUGGACUGGACUGAGGGGACGGUGAGCGGCAGCGCCGCGGCGAGUCGCAGCCAUGUACGGACUCCUGCUGGAAAACAUGGCCGAUUUUAUCAAGACGACGUACGGCGAGGAUCAGUGGGACCACAUCCGACGGGAGGCGAUGGUGGACAUGCCGUCCUUUUCCACGCACCAGGUCUACCCAGAGGCCCUGCUUCCCAGACUGGCCAAGGUCGCCUGCAAGGUUCUGGGAGUGACCGAGCAGCAGUUCUUUGAGAACAUGGGCACUACGUUCGUCAGUUUCGUGGGACAGUACGGCUACGACAGGGUGCUCUCAGUGCUGGGGCGGCACGUCAGGGACUUUUUGAACGGCCUGGACAACUUGCAUGAAUACCUCAAGUUUUCAUAUCCGAGGAUGCGACCACCGUCGUUUUUCUGUGAGAGAGAGACGGCAUCGGGAAUGGUGCUGCAUUAUAGAAGCAAGCGGAAGGGGUACGGCUUCUACGCAAUGGGACAGAUCAAACAGGUGGCUCGCCAUUUUUACGACACGGAUAUGCAGAUCGAGCUGAUCCGAGAAGACGCCUUCAUGGACUCGUUCCACGUGACAUAUCAGCUGACCUUCGACAACGGAGCGUACCGCCAGGAGCACAGCUUCCAGCUGGUGCGAGACGAACAGAGCCUGCCCAUCCGGGCCAGCAUCAUCUUCGAGCUGUUCCCAUUCUCCAUCGCCUUCGCGUCUGACUUGGAGGUGCGCAACUUGGGUCAGUCGAUGCUGACCAUCCUGCCGAACCUGCUGGGGAAGCGGCUGAACGACUGGUUCGACCUGGUGCGGCCUCUGGUGGAGUUCCGCUUCACCUCGAUUUUGAAGAAGACCAACAAUAUAUUUGAGCUUAUCUCGAUAGACACACCGUCUCAACUUCGACACAUGAACAACGGGACUGACAACCUGCACGUGGUUAUUGAAGAGGAUGCUGUGAUAAAGGACACCAACCUUCGGCUAAAGGGUCAGAUGAUCUACUUUGAAGAUUGGAAGAUGAUUCUGUUUCUGGGGACACCCGUGAUGCCAGAUCUGGAAGCCAUGGUUCACACGGGACUGUUUAUCAACGACCUCUCCAUGCACGACUUCAGUCGAGACUUGAUGCUCGCCGGUACACAGCAGUCCAUCGAGCUGAAACUAGCGCUGGACCAAGAGCAGCUCAAAUCAAAGAAGCUGGAGGAGUCGAUGAGGAAACUAGACGAGGAGAUGCGGAGGACGGAUGAGCUGCUGUACCAGAUGAUCCCCAAGGAGGUGGCCAACCGUCUCAGACGAGGAGAGAAUCCCGUCGACACGUGUGAGGUGUUUGAGAGCGUCACCAUCAUCUUUUCUGACGUGGUGACAUUCACGGAGAUCUGCAGCCGGCUGUCGCCCAUGCAGGUUGUCUCCAUGCUCAACUCCAUGUACUCCAUCUUCGACACUCUCACAGAGCUCAACGGCGUCUACAAGGUGGAAACUAUCGGCGAUGCGUACAUGGUGGUGGCCGGGGCACCGGAGAAGCGGGCCAACCACGCCGAGAGCAUUUGUGACAUGGCUCUAGACAUGGUGGAGGGCAUAACGGGGCUCACCGACCCGUCAACAGGGAACCACAUCCAGAUCCGCGUGGGCGUCCACUCUGGCACCGUGGUGGCGGGCGUGGUGGGUCUGAAGAUGCCUCGCUAUUGUCUCUUCGGCGACACGGUCAACACAGCGUCGCGGAUGGAAUCUAACAGUGUGGCGAUGAAAAUUCACAUAUCAGAAACAACCAAAGUCCGUCUGGGAAAUUCAUAUCACACGUCAGAAAGAGGAGAAAUCCAAGUAAAGGGAAAGGGCUCGAUGAAGACCUACUGGCUGGAGUCACGGGACGGGCGGCGGCCCCUGCACGAGAAGAUCACGCUGGAGGAGUGUCUGCCGCGGCCGCAGUCACCCUCCGACCCCGGUGGGGGACGGCGCAGCGUCUACACUCCCGUCAGCCAGGUGUCACGACACGACAACGGCCGGGCCGUGUCGUCAGCCAGCAGCGCCGCUAGUCUCAGAGUGGGCGACCAGCCGUCCGACUCGCUGACGAUGAAGAUCCGCCGUAACCGCUCGGCGGCCUCCUCCGCCAUCUCACAGGCGUCCGCAGUGACCUCUCCGUCACUGAGGGUGCCCCAGACGGGCUCUGUGUCGGCGGCGACCGCGCUGCAGCCGCCGCCGUCGUCACCGCCGACCCUGCAGCUGCCGCCGCCGCCGACACCGUCUAGGGAGCCGCGAGCACGCCAACCGCCGGUCCCAGCGGGCGGGAGGGCUGCUGGGGGGCCGGCGCACGUGGCCACCCAGACCUCAGCGAGGCCAGUGGUGCACAGGGCCACGGGGUCACAGUGGGCAGCGCACGAGUCACAGGAGGGGCCGCCGGCGUACCAGAGCUCUGGGGACCCACUCUCCAGAGCGGCACCGAGGGCGGAGCGGGGCGGACCGCGGCGUCGGGUGGCAGCUGCCAGCACCGCCGAGCCGAUCCGACACGGGCACACUCAGCUGGAGGACGGCGCCGCCCUGGCACCCGUCUCACCGGAGGCUGCCCGAGGCCUCGCUCUGAAACUCAGCGAGCACAGCCACGGCUUCAGCGCCGAAUGCGAUCACCUGGUGUCCAGUGGGGGACCGUGUUGCCGCGGCUCGUCGCGCCGCGGCCAGAAGGGUAGCGUCACCUGUAACGUCACCUAAACUGUCACAGCUCCAUACAUCAGCACAGCGACACCUGGAACAUCACCUGAACUUCUAUAGAGCCACCUGUGGUAGCACCUGAACUAUCACAGCGCCACCUACAAGACCACCUCAACUACAACAGCGCUACCUACAAUACCACCUGAACUACCACAGCGUCAUCUACAUGAUUUUAGGAAUCGUCACAGGGUAUCGCCUGGGUUUUUAUAGUUACACUGUGAAUGUAAUGUUACCAGAUCUGACACUACCACAGGCGCCGUUGUAGCGACAUUAUUGCAAAUACCGCGACGUUUGUCACUGGAUUUGUUUUGGCAGCCGCAAUGUCACCUGAUUGUUUGUGGAGGCCUAUGUUGUAUUAUUUCUUGUCACGGCGACCUCUGUAGCGUCACCGGCUGUGUCCCGCAUUGGAAGAUCACCGCGAUUACCCAGGGUCAUGAGGUAUUAGAUGAUGUCACGUUCGAUAUCUCGAAAAUAAAGUUUUAAUCCGAUA